CGCCACUGUCGCAGUGUAGGCCCAUCAGUCCGUGCGAGAGGAUCCCCAGCAGCAGCGGACCAGCCUACCGUCGAACGAAGCCGAACUUUGCCUGGAGUGGUUGCCUGUGUGUGUGUGUGCAGCACUCGUGUGCCCCCGACGGCCCCUGACCCCAGCAUGCCUCGUCAGCGCGAGCUCAGCAUGCCGAUCCCCCGCUGGCAGAAGCCGGCCACCAAGUACUAUGACAACAACUACAGUUUCGGCAUGAACUUCUACCAGCCCAUGAUCGACUGGUUGGACGACCGUGACCGCGGCCUGCGACCCCGACCCCCUCCCCACCUACCGUGGCUCAACGAGCGCGGGCUGAAGCAGUACGACCCCUCGCAGCAGGGUAUUAAAACGUACAGCAAGGAGCGGGCCAGGCAACUCGCAGUCGACGCCCAGCUCCGAGCACAGGAGAGCCUGAGGGAGAGCAAGGAAGUCGGUCCCCUGUCGCACCCGCGGUCGCCGUUCUCGCUCGCCAAGCAGGUCGAAGUCGCCACCUCGCUGACCAAGAAGGUGCUCGGCGAGUCCCACGAGGAGAGGCACGCCGACAAGAUCUUCCGCGAGAAGGAGCUUGCCGAUCUGCGGCGCCGCACCGAGGACGCCCUGCUAGAGUUCGUGCCCAGCAAAGUGAUGGCCACCACCGACCUGGAGAGCAGCUCCUACCGCGCCAAGUCGCGCCGCGCCAUCGCCAACGAGCUCAUCAUGGAGUCCAUGAGGCACUUGCAGGACAGCCGCACCGACGAGCAGAUCAGGAGGGCCUACUCGGACACGAGGAGGGGCGUCCGCACGUACCAGACACCCUACUGGUACUUCCCCUGGUCCUGGGAGGACAAGUCCAUUGCGCCCACCAGUAAGUACCUGGCCUGGGAGAGGCCCCGCUACGACUACACCAUGUCCCCCUGGGCCUGCGAGUACCCCCUCUCGUACCGGUACCUGGGCAACCACCAGCAUUCCUACGACUCCUGCCGCCCCAUCAGGAGCUACACGAUCCGCUACUGCCCAUGUUUCUCACGGACGGUAGUGUAGUGGAGAACCCGUACCUGAACCGGUCGCCGCGCCAGGUCGCCGGCGACAUCCUCACGGGGAGCCUCAAGGUCCUCAAGGAGUGCGAGACGACGGCGCAAGUGCGACACGCCCUUCGGACGGCCAGGAAGGACCUCCAGCACUACUUCAACCCCAUCGAGGACCCGGAGGACAUCAAGGAGAGACGGAAGGCCGACAGGAGACAGAGAGAACUUCUCGUCAAGACACAAAUGUUAUUCAAGAAGUAACCCGUCCCCAACCCCCCUCCCCUGCCCCCUUCCCCUCUUGCCCCAACCACACCCUACCCUACCCACCCAACCUUGCUCUAUCUCCGGCCCCACCGCCCAUACGCCCACUGCUACCCCAACCCACCCCUCAAUUUCCCCCCGCCCCUUUUCUGCCCCUCUCUACCCGACCGCAGUCACCUCCUCUCUCACCUUUCUAAACCUGCUCUUAUUCUGUCUUGCCCAACUUGUGACACCCGACUUUCCGCCUAACCCCCACCCUCACCUCCACACCCCCUCCCCUACCGACACCCCGUUCCUACCUAAACCUGCCACAACCUGCCUGGAACCAACACCCUCCCCCCCAAAGCAACCUACCCCCUAACGCCCCCCUCCCCAACCCCUUCCUCACUCACCCCCUCUAAUUUUGACUUGAAUCUCUGCUCUCCAUUCCCUUCCCUCUCGAGCUGACCCUCUGCCCUUGUUCCUCAACCGCCCCUUCCUUUUGCUUCCCACCCUUUUCACCCCUCGAGGGGAACCCACGUGUUUUUAUUUCUUUAAACGUUCCUUUUAUCAAUAUGUUAUUUACAUUAUAUUUGUAUAUAUUCUGUUCAUAUCAUCAACCACUUUGUCUUUGUUAAGUCAUGUAUCCAGCCUCCUUUUGUUUGUCCCUUUUGUCUUGGUCUUGAGUAUCAUUAGAAAAUUGGCAGUUACUGUUGCGGCAGAAGAACCAAACGAGUAUACGAAAAUUUGAACCUUUCCGAACUGUUGUAACAAAUACUUUGAAAGAACGCCCUCUGUUCGAACUUGAUCUUGAAAAGUGUUCAUGUGAUUGUUAAUCAGAGACUGCUCCCUAUUAUCGAAGUAGAGAUCAACGUUCAAGACUCCAUUAUAUCGUUUUUACCUGAAAGACAAAACAAUAAAUCUUUGUAAAAUCGA